AUGGCCUCAGAGGACAUCGUUCGGCAAGAGACACUUGGCAUUCUGAAGAAGAAGAGGGUUGAGGAUCGAUUCUGUGUUCUAUACAAGGAUCGCCUCGAUUACUUCACCUCCGAAGAAGCUGCGAAGUCGGAACAGCCACGGGGCCGUUUGGCUCUCAAGGAGGUGGACAGCAUCCAGGACAAUGAAGAUGGCUUCACUCUCAAGCUCACAUCAGGUCAAAGCCUUGCCCUGAAGACGUCCGAGGAGUCAAAGCAGCAGUGGUUGGCCUCCUUGGAGCCUCUGCUAAAAGUAAACAAGGCCGUCCACUCUGGAUACCUCAAUGUCGAGCGGAAGGGCAAGGUGAUUUCGCCUUUCUUUGCGCUUCAAGUGGACAGCCUGGAACGCCACGAAAGCAAGGAAGACUUUGAGAGCGGGAAGGAUCCGCGGGGUACGCAGCCCUUUGCAGAGAUUGAACGACUCACAGCCAGAGGCAACCGAUUUAUGAUUGGUGUGAAGAACCAGACAAAGCCCUUGGAGUUGUUUGUGGACAAUCAGGAGGAGUUUGCAGCCUGGACACGGGCAUUCGAAGACCUUCUAAAGAAGCAGCUGGGUGCGAACUUCGUUGGAGGCUUGACACCAAUAUUAUCAUCAGAUGGUGGACAUGUGAGCGCGAGCGUCAGUGGUGGUACAACCCCACGAGAUGGAGUGCGAGUCCUUUGCGAAGGUGAUUUGCUCAUCCAGAAGAAGUCCAAAGAGGAAAGGAGGUACUGCAUUUUGCGUACCGAUGUCUUCGAGUACUUCCUCAGUGAGACGGAGUUCAGAGCAGGUGCCGCUGCGCGCUGUCGUGCUUUGAUGGAGGAUAUCACUGCGUUCGAGGUGACUGGUGAGCUAAUGAAAGUGACCUUGGGCGAAAGGACCCUGGAGCUCAAGGCUUUGAGCCCCGAGGACUUGAGACGUUGGACGAAAGCUUGGGAGACGGAUCCAGAUGCUCCGGAGGCCUCGCAAGGGAAAGCUGGUGUGUCAUGGCAGGUACCGAAGCUGUCACCUUUGGCGACCGGCCUCCCGGCCCGGCGGAAGGGCCGGGUCACGGGCGGUCACGACGGGCCACGGGGAUGGGAGGGCGCUGAUGCCCCGCCUCCUGACUUGAAAGACGACACGGUGGAGAUGUCCCGGCAGGCAAGCUAUCCUUCAAAUGCAGAGGCCAGCAGACCUGGCGCAGGAUUGAAGGCAAGCCAACAGAGCUGGUCCAAUCCAUCACCGGUCGAUCGUGCUGCAGUGGGGGAAGUUGAGCGAGCGCUAAUGUACCUCUCCCGCUCUUUGGAUGAGUCCUGGAUUUCAGAGCAUGAUGACGUUGCUUACUACUUCCGCCUGCCCAUGGCAUUCAUGGAAGCAGGGCACGAAGCUGAGGCACGCAGAGCUCUGGAGAUCGCGGCUCGCUACGUGCGUGGAAAUCGAGGUAGCUCAAAGAAGCUCUCGAUGAUCUAUCCUCAGUACCCACUCUUGUGGAUUUGUGAAGCUGCUGCUCGCCUGGGUCAAAGGGAACUCGCAGAGAGAUGCACUCAAAGCAUCUUCAGCUAUCGGCAUCCCUUGACCAGCAGUGGGCUCAUCUUGGAGCCCUAUGCAUGGAAUGCCACCUAUGAGGCCGACUUCUUUGCGACUGCGGUGCUUGCGAAGGCAGCCAUUCUUGGUGGCCAAGAGCACAUUGCACUGGCGGCGGCGGAUUCGCUUCUGCGUGCGGUGGAUGCCAACAGGAGAUUUAUGGCCAGCGGCCGAUUCUUCAUUCGCUGGACAUGGGCAGAUGGAUUUAUUGAGAGAGUUGAGGACCCUCUGUAUUGUGUGAGCACAUCUGGAGAACAGCAGCUCUAUUUUCUCAUGGGUUUACCCACAGCAGUUCUGCUCGAGGUUGCAACAUCCUUCAGGAGUCUGGCUGAGUCUGCAAAGCAGAAGUAUCGAUCUGUGGCAGAAGAGCUGCUGCGCUACUUGAAGGGAUGCAAGAACUUCUUCACAGCCCCGACAGCCUAUGGCACCGCCUGUGCUGCUGCCAUGCUGGGGGACAAAGAAAGCACCGACCGCUUGAGGAGAUGUAUGGUUGCCCUUCAACAAAAAGACGGGAGCUUUUUAGAGUCGACGCAGCUUGACGUUCUGGAGCACACUGCUGAGAUCAGUACCUGGCUAUGCCGAAUCAAUGGCUUCGCAGCGGGAUAUCGGCAAGAGAGAGACGCUGGAUACUGGGAGCCGCUGGAUACUGGGAGUGCAGAAGAAGAGGCCGACAUACCAGAUGAACUCCCUGCACGCCCUGUAGAUCGCCAAGGCUUUAGCGUCAUGUCGGAGACUUUGUGCCAAUUCACAGCUGUGACGUUGUACGAGCCAACAUGGUGCCAGCAAUGCAACGGCUUUCUUUGGGGCUUCAAGGAACAAGGAGUUUCACUUCCGCAAAAGCGAGGACCCGGAGGCGAGGACGAGGGCGGUGGCGCGGGCCUUUGUGGCGGCGUGGCGGUGUGGCGGCGGCGUCUCUGGAACGGGACGGCGGUGCGGGGCGUUCCGCGGCGGAACGGGUUGGAUGCGAGAGCCGUGGUUUUCGCGCUACGAGAGGGCUGCGUAGAGAUCUUCAUGGACGCAGGAGCAGACGUGAAUGAAGGAGUUCCCGCAGAUCGCAUAAUGAUUGAGGAAAUCCAAGAUUUGGAGGUGGAGGAUGAUCGAUUUAAGGUCCGCUUGGCGGAUAACACGAAAUUUGAGCUUUUGUCGCCUGAGGGAAGAUCCAUUGAUGACUGGUACGACGAGCUGAAGACUGUAUUCGAAGAAGCAGACUCGGCCAAUCAAUCUGUGGCUGGAUCUGUCAAGGAUGUGGGCGAUCACGCAGAAGUGGCUGAACUCGCUAAGAGUUUGUUCAAGUCCGCCAAGACCGUCAAUGCCAUGCUGAAGACCGACAGAAGAGUGAACCAACAAGAGGUGAAGAGCGCCCAGGACUUCUUUGAAGCCUUGAAGCAGGAAGGCACUGAGGAGCUUCGAGCAGCCACCCUGGUUGAGGCGCUUAAGAAGCUUGAUCUCAACUUGACACGAGAGCAAAUCGAAAACUUCGCCCUGGCGAUGGAUGGCUACGGCGGCUUCUCAGGUGGAAUUACUCUGCCGAACUUUGAGAAGGUGUUGAAGCUGGAGGAAAAGGAGUUCAUGCCACUGGCAGAGGAAGUCCUUGAGAAGCGUCGACCCCUCCAGGAGCUGAAGUCCACGGUGCGCUUCGAGCCGAUCGAGGUGAACCGUAAUGGCUUCAUCAGCGGCGAAGGCUUCGAGAAGUUUCAGAAUGAAUUGGCGACAAAGGCGGAACCCAGCUUUGCUCGCCAGCCACCGGGAGAAAUGGAGGACGAUCUCCCGGGAGAUUUGCUGGAGCCCAGCUCCCCCAGCCGGCCUGCGCGGAAUCGAGCGAUUUGUUCCGGUGCAGUCGAGGUCAACGGUCAGAAAAGGCAUGGAGUGCUCUACCCAGACCGGCUGGCGUUCUUCGAAAACCCCGAGGACAUUGUAUACGCUGAUCCCACGAAGAGCGUACAAGUUCGAGAAAUGCAGACGGUCAAGGUGACAAGCACGAACAGCACCUUCGAAAUCCAGGAUGCCAACAGUUCAGGCCCUUUGAAGGUCAAAGUCGUCCAAGCCUUCGAGACCUGGCAGUCCUGCUUGGCAGAGGUCUUGGCUCCCACCUUUUCAAAGGAAGGAAGGGGCAAGACGGUCCUUUGGAAAAACAUGCGAUCUCCAACAGAUACGCCGGUGCGGUUGCCCAAGAGAGGCAUCGACAAGCCCAUGCAUCAUGGACCUCUCAAAGUUGUCACCGCAGAUGGCUCGGAAGAGACUCGGUACUUUCUGGUCUACGUCGAUCGCUUUGAGCGCUUCCCUGAUGCUGCAAGUGCAUUUCGAGAGGAAGAAGGAGGUGUUGUUGUGAUGGCCAUGGACGUAAAAGCCGUUCGGGUCGUGGACAAAGCUUUCAUCUUUGAGCUUCGCAGUGGCAACUUGGAGCUUCGAGUUCCAGAGGGCGAGGAUAUGGAGAUUUGGGUGGCCACCUUCCAGCUGCUCUUCCAUCCUGGGAAUGAAGCUAGCCAAACACCAAGCAACGUUGAUGGUGACGCACGACAGUUCAUUAACAGACGCAGCCCCUUCUUGAAGGACGGGAGCCAUGCUGUUGAGAGGGGCAAGUUCGACCACUCUCAGGUUGCUUCAGAGGUCAACGAUGAGCAAUUCCAGCACUGGGUGCAGACCUUGCCAGAGAAGGUGGUGCAUUGGGGCUUGCUGGGCUUUCAGCAUCAGCAAAGAUUGGUGGUGCGUUUGACCAUUCUCUUCAAGGACCGUCUUGACAGCUGGGGCAGCGCUACUAAGGCCAGCUUGGGCUUCAAGGAGGACAGCAGGAUUUUGAUGUCAAGCAUUCGUGGCGUGGAAACAGUCAGUGGAGGCUUGAUUCUGAAUCUCGGAGGCAAGAAGAUUGGCAUUCAUGUCGGAGGGAACGAAAGCCUGCACCAGUGGUCCCGAGCGCUUUUGAGCGUUCUGGUUCCCAACAAGGUGGAUCACAAUCUCUCGCGUGAGAUGCCCAGCCCACAGGAGCAGAGAGCAAGGUCGGAAACGCCGCGCGCCACGCCGCGGAAGGGCCGCGAUUGGAUUCCCGAGGUGGCCAGGAAGUCCACACAAUCCUUGCAACAUGGAUCAGGCGCUCGCGGAGCCCAGAGACACGUGUCGGUGGUGCACCGUGGAGUUAGCUUGGCCAUGACCCUCCAGAAGGAGCAAGAUUUAAAACGCUUCGCCAUCAACACACAUAAGGCGGCGCCGGAAGUCCUCGAGCUGCUUCAUGGGAAGCAAGGCAAGUUCCUUCCUCACUCGCACCAACCGGGAGUCAGGCAUGUGCACUCCGACGUUGCUGAAAAGCCACACCGCAGUGGGUCUGCCAUCUCCACUCGCAGCACCUCCAGAGAAGAGGGGGCACACAAGGUCACGGGGCAUGAGCGGCAGAUCCCAUCCAGAGGGAGAGUCGAUCACAGCUUUGCCUUCUGGAAGAUCAACACCGAAGAAGACACGACCCCAGGGGCAAGGUGGGGUGAUUUGGAUCUGAGCACCGAGAAGGAGGGCUUCGGAUGUUGCCUCUGGAACAUCGAGCAAAACCGUGCGUUGAGAUCCUUUCCCAAGUGCGGCUCGAAGACGGUACUGGAGCUGUUGGAGAAAAUCAAGGACAAGCGUUCAGAGGAGAACGCAGUUGGCUGGCGUGAUGUGGUGAAGGUGCACUUCAUCGAGGAGGGUGGUGCGAAGCGAGAAAAGAUUCAGCUGGAAAAUGAGUACAAAUGGCUGAAACACAAGGAGUACUUCGCACGUAUCCAGAACUUGGCCAAGGGAAUGGCAGCCACAGGUGUAGAGCCGAAGUCCAAAGUGGUGAUCUUUGCGGAGACUCAAUUGAAUUGGAUGGUCGCGGCCUUUGCCACCUGGUACCUCAACGGACAGGUGGUGACAAUCUACGCCACGCUAGGUGAGGAUGGUGCCAGCCAUGGGUUCAAUGAGACCCAAGCCAGCACAGCGGUAGUUGACGCCAAGCUCUUGAAAGUGCUGCUGAAGGUUCUUCCAAAGUGCAAGAGCAUCAAGCGGCUCAUCACUUUGUCUCCAGCGGAGGAGGCUGUUGUGAAGCAGCUGCAGGAUGCUGGGGUUCAGGUCCAGACCUUUGACGAAUGCAUUGCGAAGGGGGAGGAGUCCAGCCAAGGGCUGCAAAGCCCAACUCCAGAAGACACUGCAGUGAUUAUGUACACCUCUGGGACCACAGGCACUCCGAAAGGAGUCGUGCUGACCCAUGGGAAUUUGACGGCGAUUGCUGCUGGCGCUGGAGAGUGCUUCGACGGGAUGGUCACUCACGGGGAAGUCUAUUUGGCAUAUUUGCCACUGGCGCACAUCAUGGAGAUGGCGGCUGAGGUCGCUCUGAUGGGCUUGGGCAUUUGCCUCGGCUUUGGCAGUCCGCACACCUUGACGGACACCGGUGUAAAGUUGAAGAGACCAGAGUCGAGUGGUGAUGCGAUCGUUUUGCAGCCUCACUUCAUGGUCUUCGCUCCUGCCGUGCUGGACAAGGUUUACAAGGGUAUCCUCGCCAAGCGCGAGUCAGCGGGCUAUGUGGGCCAAACCCUCUUCGACUGGGGCCUGGCGUCUGGAGAGAGAUCUUUUAAUCGUGGAGGAAUUGGAGCCAACAUUGUCUACAACGCCGUGGUCUUCAAGAAGGUGCAGAACAUGAUGGGCGGCCGGCUCAAGGCGGCGGUCACGGGGUCUGCACCCUUGUCACCGGAGAUCCAGAAGUUCAUUCAGACCGUGCUCAACGUGCCGGUGCGUCAGGGCUACGGACUCACCGAGACCUGCGCCGGGAGUGUGAUCCAACCGUGGUCGGACAACACCACGGGAAGUGUUGGUGUACCGACGUGUUGCACAGUGCUUCGCUUGGCUGACUGGCCUGAGGGAGGUUACUCCAAUGCCGAUGAGAAGAAACCAGAGAUUGGUUUAAGACGUGGCGAGGUUCUCAUAGGCGGCACUUCGGUGUCCAAGGGCUACUUCAUCAGCGAAACUGCACCCAAUGAAGAGCUAAAGAAGAAGAACGAGGAGGAUUGGGUGGAAAUUGAUGGCAUUCGAUUCUUCCGGACGGGUGACAUUGGGCAGAUCAACAAGGAUGGCUCCCUCUCCAUCAUCGAUCGGAAGAAGGACUUGUGGAAAGGCCCGAAUGGCGAGUACGUGGCAUUGACCAAGGUUGAGGCCGCCUUGAAGCUGGUCGAAUAUGUGGAGAUGCCGAUGGUCUAUGGCAAGACCGGGGGCACUUUCCCAAUUGCUUUGAUUUGCCCAGUGAAGUCGGCCAUUGAGAAGUUGGCCCAAGCCGAGGGGGUCUCCGGUGACCUCGCAGCGAUUUGCAAGAAUGAGAAGAUCGUCGACAAGGUCUUCGCGGCCUGCAAAGCGAAGUGCAAAGAGAUGAAGUUGGUCGAGUUCGAAAUUCCUCAAAAGAUCGCCUUGUGCAGCGAUCCCUGGACGCCGGAGAACGACCUGCUGACCGCUGCGAUGAAGUUGAAGCGGCCCAUCAUCGCAGAGAAGCACAAGGAAGACAUUGCAAAGCUUUAUUCCUGA